CCAUUGAUUUAACUUCCGUCUUUUAACUUUUUAUCAUGGAGUAAACACACUGCUCUCCGUAUGACGUACGAAAGGCUGUGUUUAUAAAGGGGGUUGUUUGCGGUAAAUCCCCACAUUUUCCGUGAAGGGACUAGGCUAUGUAAGCGGCUACAGCUUUGUUCAGUCCGAACAUUGUCUUUGCUGUACAAAAAUGUUCUUUCUAUACAUCACCUUUCUGGUUGUCUCUUUGAAAGAUGGCCUCACACAAGAUAUGACUCCCGAAGAGGUGAGGUCAGUUUGUGGAGACAACUCUGUUCUGAGAUGUAAAGCAGUAUGUAAGGCUGGGGUCCGGUACCAGACAGUGAGGUGGUAUAAGCUCGUUGAAGAGCCCUCUAAUCAACUGUCUGGCCUAUUGAUGAGGAGGCUAUCGCCCAACAGCAACACCAGUUGGUACGCAGGUCUGGAGCGAGAAGUGAACCUUUUAGCAGAUGAUUCCCUAGAUAUUUUCCUGCCCAAUGUUACUGCUGCAGAUAGUGCGAGAUACAAGUGUCUGCUGGUAGCACCCAUAGGAGAGCAGAACCAGGAGGGCUGGAUUCAACUCACAGUAACAGGGUGUCUUGACAAGAAGUCUACAGCCCAGUCCAUAGAUACCAUCCUGAUUCUUUCUAUUGUGGGGAUUGUGGCAGCAUUACUAAUUUACGGCAUGAGCUAUGUAAUUCUAAGGAAUAUGUUAUUGCAAAGGAGCAAGAAGAAUCCACAUGAACCACUUCUGGAUGCACACCUUGAGAAGAAGGUCUUAAAGUUGAUCUACACUAUGGGGCCAAACGCAUCAGGACAGCAUUCCAUAAAACAUAUCUGUGUGUGAGACUCAGUUCUGCAAUUUUGGGGUCACGAGGAAUCUAAAUGGUAGAGGAGCCAGAGAAUCCAGGAAGAGACAUGCCUUACUUAAGAGCGGAUGCAGAUAGACUACCCUCAGACUACUGGCUCUAGAACACAAGUGCAUGUGUUUCAGAAAUGAAACGGAAACCCUUUCUGGGUCUAUAUGGCAAGUAUAAACGGAAAUAAUUAAGUUAUAGUCUAAAGUGAAACCAUACAGUAGCUUCCCACCUAUUGUGAAAGCACUAAGUAGAAGCCAAAGUAUUAAUACAAGAAAGCUACACCCAACAAAGUUGGGUGUAUUCUCUGUAAGAAUGAAUUGUACUAAA